AUGGACGAUUUACCUUUUAAUCAAAACGAUGUACAACAAAUCGAAGAAAUAACCAUGCAAGAAAUAAAUGACUAUGUUAAGGUCACACAGUGUCGACGUUUGGAAGAAAUACCGGACAAAUCGGAAUUAGUCAUAAUUGGAAUAAAACAAAUACGUCACAGAAACAAAGUUCGUUACACAUUACAGUUCGAUAACCUGGAUUCAUUGUAUGUGUCAAAUUUCUGA